GUUGCCAUCUCGGGCAGCGAGACGGAGGAUGAGGACACGAUGGACGUCCCGCUGGACCUGUCCUCGUCCGCCGGCUCGGGCAAGCGCAGGAGACGCGGCAACCUGCCCAAGGAGUCGGUGCAGAUCCUGCGGGACUGGCUCUACGAGCACCGCUACAACGCCUACCCCUCGGAGCAGGAGAAGGCGCUGCUGUCCCGCCAGACACACCUCUCCACGCUGCAGGUCUGCAACUGGUUUAUCAACGCGCGCCGCAGGCUCUUGCCGGACAUGCUGCGGAAGGACGGGAAGGACCCCAACCAGUUCACCAUCUCGCGGCGAGGGACCAAGCUCCCCGAGGGCGGGCUGCCCGAGCCCCCCCUGGGCGCCAAGGCCUUCAUCCCGCUGCUGGAGGAGCCCGCCUUCCUCCCCAAGACUCU